AUGACCAGCUGGAUCUUUAACUGCAUCUGUGUUUUCACCUCCACCUGCGAAUCUGACCAAGCACUAAACCAUGCGCUGCUUUCUGACGAUAGCUACCGGGACCGAAAUAAAAAGAAGCUUGCUUGGAGGAGGGUUAGCGAGGUGGUUGGUGUCUCGGUGGAAGUUUGCAAAAAGCGGUGGAAGAAUCUGAGGGACACAUAUGAGGUGCUGAAGAUACUGCCACCACCACACAAGGGCAGCGGAGAGAGAGAGAGAACUGUGAUCGCAAAGCAGAGGAGGAAGAAGAGGAAGAGGAGGAGGGGGCAGCACACCGCCCAUCUGCAGCCAAUAACAAUCCAGCAGAGUGACCAGGCUAUCCACGCCACGCCACCGUAG